AUGAACAAGGUUCUAGGGCAGACCUUUCUCGAGAGUAUCCUCUACGAACAAAGUCAGGAUGUCGAGAUCACCGCUAAACUCUUAGAGUCGCUUCCAGUCAAUCAGCUGGUCGCUAAAGGACUUGCUAUAAACCACCUCACCUUGCAAAAUGUGCGCAGUGGACUGGCUGGUAAACUGUAUAUGGAACUCGGGCCUGACUCAGCGUUUGAUACUGAAAUCAUCCGUGGGGACGUCAAGAAUGGAGAUUUGGUCUUACUCAAGUCGUCUAGCAGUAAGAAUGACGAUUGCUGCUGCGAGGGUGUAGUCGCCAAAAGUACCGAUAAAAUGAUUACAAUUGCAAUAGAUGAAUCCCAAGAGAACACAGCUCUGAAAUUCUACAAUUUCUCUAGACUCUAUUUGCUGAAAACUACCAACACCAUAACUUACAAGCGCAUGCAGUCCACAAUGCGCAAACUUUGCGAGUUUGAAGAAACCCCAAACAACGAGAUUAUCCAGUACCUCGUGAAUAAGCGUGAGUUCACCCCACGAAACCAAAAACUCAACACCAAGUUCUUUAAUGAUAGCCUCAACGAUUCUCAAAAGAAAGCUAUUGAUUUCUCACUUCAGAACCAGCUUAGCAUAAUUCAUGGUCCACCUGGUACCGGCAAAACUCAUACUUUGGUAGAGCUUAUUCGUCAAUUGUACGGACAAGGUCAUCGUAUUUUGGUGUGUGGACCAUCAAACAUUUCAGUUGACACAAUUUUGGAACGUUUGGCAACAGUUUUGCCCGGUCAAGCACUGCUUAGAAUCGGACAUCCUGCACGUUUACUAGACAAAAAUUUGGCACACUCUUUAGAAGUGCUUUCAAAAAGCGGUGACGCGGGCGCUAUCGUUAGAGACAUUUCGAAGGAGAUCGAUGAUACCAUUGCAAAGAACAAGAAAUUGAAGUCGUAUAAGGACCGGAAAGCAAGCUGGAAUGAAGUCAAAAUUCUGCGCAAAGAGCUCAAAGCCCGAGAACAAAAAGUUAUCACAGACCUAAUUCUUUCUGCUAGAGUAGUCGUGUGUACUCUUCACGGCUCAAGCGCCCGCGAGCUAAUAAAUUGUUACUCGCAAACCGAUCAUUUGUUUGACACAUUAGUGAUCGACGAAGUAUCUCAAAGUUUAGAACCACAGUGUUGGAUUCCGCUUAUAUCCCACUACAAAUCGAACAUCCAAAAGCUUGUGCUGGCUGGAGAUAAUAAACAACUACCACCAACAAUCAAGACAGAAAACAAUGACAAAGUCAAACAAACGCUGAGCACUACUCUUUUCGACAGGUUGGUAAAAGUCUACGGGGAAUCCUUCAGAAAUCUUCUUGAUACGCAAUACAGAAUGAAUAAAAUGAUUAUGGAUUUCUCGUCUCAGGAAAUGUACAGUGGAAAGUUAAAGGCUGCCGACACUGUUGCAAAUUGGACACUUGCAGAUUUACCCGAGAGCGACGUUAAUGACGAAACAGAGGCACCUUUGAUUUGGUAUGAUACACAAGUCGGGGACUGCCCUGAAAAGGACGAGGAUAUCGAUGUUCCUGGGGCUAUUUCUUCGAAACUCAACGAGAACGAGGCCUAUUUGGCUCUAUUUCAUGUCUCGAAAUUAAUCUCCAGUAAUAUAUCCGAGGACUUAAUUGGAAUAAUCUCUCCAUACAAUGCCCAGGUAUCUCUGUUGAAGAAAAUCGUACAUGCCAAAUAUCCCCGGGUAGAGAUUUCGACUGUCGAUGGAUUCCAAGGCCGAGAAAAAGACGUCAUUAUAUUGUCUCUGGUGAGAAGUAACGACAGCUUCGAGGUAGGUUUUCUGGCAGAUGAGCGACGUCUCAAUGUCGCCAUGACCAGACCAAAAAGACAGUUGUGUGUUAUCGGCAAUAUGGAAACCCUGGGGCGCAGCAAGGUCAAGUUCUUAAAAGACUGGACAAGAUGGUCAGAGCAUAAUAGCGAGGUGAGAUACCCGGACCUCAGCGAAGUGCUGUGA